AUGGCUUUUCAAGAUUUUGACUUAAUUCAAGAACGCGUACACGCAGAUAGAAAACGAAAAUUCAGGAAGAAAAUCAUCAUUGGAGUUGUCUCUACGCUUGUUGUCGUUGCUGCCAUUACAGGAGGGGCUUUUGCUUAUGUUACAUAUGGAAACAAAUCUCAAGAAAAGGUGAAAACCACAAACACAAACAACAAAGCUAACGCGAAAAGCUCCGAGAAGAGCACCGCGAGUCCAAGCCCCAAACCACCAACAUCUGCAGCAGCACAUUCCGAGAAGAGCACCGCGAGUCCAAGCCUGAAACCACCAACAUCUGCAGCAGCACAUUCCGAGAAGAGCACCGCGAGUCCAAGCCCGAAACCACCAACAUCUGCAGCAGCACAUUCUGCGAAGCCAAGCCAGGUCGUUAAGAUUAUCCAAACACUUUGUAACUCAACUCUUUACAAACCAAAUUGUCAGAAAACUCUUCAAAACGAGACAAAGACAGCUACUCCUCUCUCUGAUCCUAGGAGCCUCUUAAAGUCUUCCAUCAAAGCAACAAAUGAUGAUCUAGUGAAAGUUUUCGAAAAGGUUUUGAAACUCAAAACAGAGAACAAAGAUGAAAAAGACGCUAUAGCUCAAUGCAAGUUACUUGUGGAUGAAGCAAAGGAAGAACUUAACACCUCUAUGAAAAGAAUCAACGACACAAAGGUUAAAACCUUUGCGAAAAUAGCUCCUGAUUUAGACACUUGGUUAAGCGCAGUCAUGUCGCAUCAAGAAACAUGUCUCGAUGGGUUUGAAGAAGGGAAACUCAAAACUGAGAUACGUAAGAACUUUAAUUCUUCCCAAAUGAUGACCAGCAAUUCUCUAGCGAUGAUUAAGUCUUUAGAUACAUAUCUUUCUUCGGGUCCAAAGGUGAAAACGAGACAUCUUCUUGAAUCAAGAUCGUCUUGGUUAAGCAACAAGGAGAGGAGAAUGUUGAAAGCUGUUGAUCUGAAGGCUUUGAAACCUAAUGCUAUAGUGGCUAAAGAUGGUAGUGGGAAUUUCACAACCAUUAAUGCUGCACUUAAAGCAAUGCCUGCUAAGUACAAAGGAAGGUAUACUAUUUAUGUUAAGAGUGGAGUUUAUGAUGAAUCUGUGAUUAUUGACAAGAAGAAAGCUAAUGUGACAAUGGUCGGUGAUGGAUCGCAGAAGACGAUCGUGACGGGUAACAAAAGCCAUGCAAAGAAAGUCCGUACGUUCCGCACAGCCACAUUUGUGGCACAAGGAGAAGGAUUCAUGGCACAUUCCAUGGGGUUCCAGAACACUGCUGGACCUGACAAGCACCAAGCGGUCGCAAUACGUGUCGAAUCCGACCGUUCAGUUUUCCAAAACUGUCGGUUCGAAGGCUACCAAGACACAUUAUACGCGUACACACACCGACAAUACUACCGUAGUUGUGUCAUUGUCGGAACAAUCGACUUCAUAUUCGGUGACGCAGCCGCCAUAUUUCAGAACUGUCACAUCUUUAUCAGGAAAGGAGUAAAAGGGCAGAAGAACACGGUAACAUCUCAAGGACGAGUGGACAAGUUUCAAACAACAGGAUUUGUGAUUCAGAACUGUACAAUUGCUCCAAACGAAGAUCUUAAACCUGUUAAAGCAAAGUUCAAGAGCUACUUAGGUCGGCCGUGUAAGAACCAUUCUAGAACAGUUGUGAUGGAGUCGACGAUAGAAGAUGUGAUCGAUCCUGUUGGUUGGUUGAGAUGGCAAGAGACGGAUUUCGCUAUUGGUACAUUGUUUUACGCGGAGUACAAGAACAAUGGUCCAAGUGGAAAGACAGCUUCUAGGGUUAAAUGGCCUGGAUUUAGGGCUAUAAAAAAGGAAGAGGCCAUGAAAUAUACGGUUGGACCGUUCUUACAAGGGGAUCCGUGGAUUCAUGAUAUGGGGUCUCCUGUUAAGUUUGGUCUUUAUGAUGCUUGA